AUGACUCGAAGUUCACACCUUGUUCGUGCGCACAUAUUGGACUUUGACGACGAUUUCAAACGAACUUUGAGAAGGAAGAGGAAGCAGCCAGAACUCAAUCCCUCUAGUUCUAGUUCCGAACCUGAAUCUGAAGCUGAAACAGACUUAGAAGAGGAACAAGACAUGGCUGUAGACAAUCGAACAAUCAAGGAACUUUCAGCCUCUGGAUUGGACACUGCAGUCCCUCUUUGCAUUCAAUACCCUAGGGCAGUUGCAAGUAAGACCGAUGAGUUUGAAUUGAAGUCGAGUUUGCUACAUCACAUUCCCAAAUACCAUGGGUUGUCCAUGGAAGAUCCAAACAAGCAUUUGAAGGAAUUUGAAGUAGUAUGUUCAAGUAUGACACCCAUUAACGUGGAUGGGAAUAUUUUGAAGAUGAAAGCCUUCCCAUUCUCUCUUAUGGACAAGGCUAAAGAUUGGCUCUAUGAACUAGCACCUGGAACCGUUACUUCUUGGGAAAGUAUGAAGAAAGCAUUCUUAGAGAAAUUCUUCCCAACUUCAAGAGUCAUUCUUUUGAGGAAGAAAAUUAGUGGAAUUCAACAAGGCCUGGGAGAAUCCUUUCCAGGGUACUAUGAGCGUUUUAAGACCGGGAGGUGCUUGGUUGACAAAACACCAGUUGCUGCGAAGAUCUUAAUAGCAAACCGAGCUUUGAAUGCACAACAAUAUGAAGGAGUUGGAGGGAGAGAUCAUACACGGCCAAGUCCAGUUAAUGAGGUUGUUGAAGGAUCCAAAGUGCAAAGUACAGCCACUUGUAGCGUGUGCUCUAUGCAUGGACACCCCACUGAUCAAUGUCCUCAAUUAAUAGAGAAUGGGGGAUGGGAAAGUGCCAAUGCCGUAGGUUAUCAAGGCCAAAAUCAACCUAGGUAUGACCCGUUUUCAAACACCUACAAUCCGGGCUGGAGAGAUCAUCCAAAUUUGAAGUGGAGGGAGCCUCAACAACAACAACAAGGCGGAUAUAGACAGCCACCUCCAGGGCUCUAUCAAAGGCCGUUCGCACCACCACAGCCUCAACCACAAACUGCCCAAUCAAAUUCAGGUUCGCCAUUGGAUAAUGAUCAAAUGCUUAAAGUACUAACUUCUUUGACUCAGGGUUUACAAAAUCAAGCCAAAGAGAUGAGCGAAGUGAAGAAGCAAAUUGGGCAGAUGGCGGAGUUCAUGGGACAGUUUAGAGAAGAAGGCAAACUACCUAGCUCAACCAUUGUCAAUCAAAAAGGAGGUUUUGAAACGGCUAAAGCUAUCAUAUUGAGGAGUGGUAAAGAGAUUAGAACCAAUCCUUGUUGGCUGCGCAAGUCUCACGGCCUGGUGCUCUGGGCCGAGGGGAUGUGCGUCAACACGUGA